AUGUCGAUGGCGAUGGCGAGAGCAAGUUCUGGUCUGCAAUACCCAGAGCGGUUCUACGCUGCGGCCUCUUACGCGGGGUUUGAUGGAUCCACAUCUCCAACCAAAACCCUCACUUCCAAAUUCGCUAAGUCCACCUCUCUUCUUCUCUACAGCUUAUACCAACAGGCUAGUGUAGGACCGUGUAACGUCCCAGAACCCAGUACAUGGAAAAUUGUGGAGCAUAGCAAAUGGGCCAGAUAUUUUGUCAUGAAUACUGCACUUUGGAAUCAGCUUGGAUCCAUGUCUUCUGCCGAAGCCAUGCGCCUUUUUGUGAAAAUAUUGGAGGAAGAAGAUCCUGGUUGGUAUUCAAGAGCAUCUAACUCUGUUGUAGAACCUGUCAUAGACGUGCAAAUGAAUCAUAAUUCCAAAGUUGAACCAGUAAUUGAGAAUGGAAACUCUUAUCCAGAGACAAAGACUAUUUCCAAUCAAAAUGGAAGUGAAGUUGGAACACAGGAUAAAGAUAUUGUUGUGGAAGGCUUUGGUUCAGUUGGAGUUUACGAUCAAUGGACUGCACCUCCAGUAUCUGGACAACGUCCCAAAGCCCGAUAUGAGGUACCAGCUCCUCAUGGAGCUGCAAUUGUACAAGACAAAUUGUACAUAUAUGGUGGAAAUCAUAAUGGUCGUUACCUUAAUGAUCUUCAUGUAAGCAUACCUUCAAUAUACAUGUUCUAUGAAGCCAUACAUUUUGACUAA